GCAGGAUGCUGCCGUCGCAGGAGGCCUCCAAGCUGUACCAUGACAACUACAUGCGGAACUCGCGGGCCAUCGGCGUGCUCUGGGCCAUCUUCACCAUCUGCUUCGCCAUCAUCAACGUGGUGGUCUUCAUCCAGCCCUACUGGAUCGGCGACAGCGUCAGCACGCCCAAGCCGGGCUACUUCGGCCUCUUCCAGUACUGCACGGGCGACGAGGGCAACAACCGCGAGAUCAAGUGCCGCGGCUCCUUCGCCGAGUUCGGCGACAUCCCCUCGGGGGCCUUCAAGGCCGCCUCCUUCUUCGUGCUGCUCUCCAUGGUGCUGAUCCUGGGCUGCAUCACCUGCUUCGCCCUCUUCUUCUUCUGCAACACGGCCACGGUCUACAAGAUCUGCGCCUGGAUGCAGCUGCUGGCAGCUCUCUGCCUGGUGCUGGGCUGCAUGAUAUUCCCAGAUGGCUGGGAUUCAGAGAAGGUCAGGGACAUGUGUGGGGAGAAGACGGGGAAGUACUCGCUGGGUGACUGCUCUGUGCGCUGGGCUUACAUCCUGGCCAUCAUCGGCAUCUUGAACGCCCUCAUCCUCUCCUUCCUGGCCUUUGUCCUGGGCAACCGGCAGAAUGACCUGCUUCUCGAGGAGCUGAAAACAGAGAACAAAGAUUUUGUUGGCACCGCGAGGAUAUAAUGUAGAAGAGGCAGGAGCCCCCCCUCCCAUCGGUAUCUGGAUCGGACUCUCUCU